AUGACACAGAUGAGCUUAAGGGGAGCCUCGUUCGCUUUGAAAUGCAGAGCCUUCCAUUUAACACUAGGCGGAGCCGCCGAAGUGUGGUACAACAGGCUUCCUCCCUUAAGCACUAGAAGUUGGCCAGAUUUGAAGAACGCAUUCUUGAACCAAUACCUCUCACGCAGAGAAGGAGAGGCACCAAUGCAACACCUACAAGAUAUGAGGCAGGCCCCCGGGGAGACGCUGAAAAGCUAUCUCUCCAGGUUUACAGAUGAAAUCAAGGUCACUGACAGAGAAGCCCUUUCAGCCCUGAAAGGGACUCCCUCCGCCUCAGAGGUAGGUAGGUCGAGGACUCGCAGCAUACCUUGUUACUCAGCAAUGGACUCAGUGCCGGUAUUGGCAUAUGAAAAUGCUCCUGGCAAAGUAGGGCCAUCUGGAAGAACCGAUAGCAAGAAAAAGAAGAAGAAACGAUCAAACAGGCCCUUGGAAGGAGCAAGGUUUUGUACUUUUCAUCAACUAUAUGAGCAUGACAUCAAUGAAUGCAGAGACGCUCCUCGACGCUCAGAUCGGAUCGACCCACAUCUCUCCAGGAGGAAUGACUAUUAUCGCAGAUUUGUUUCCCCGAACAGGAGAGAUCGAAGGCACAGAGAGCAGUCACCCCGGAAAAAAGAAUCUCGGGACCGAGGAGAGUUCAGACAGAGAGAUCAGGCCACAUUUGCUGGGGGCCAAGUCAUCAGGGAAAUCGACACUAUCAUUGGGAGACCUCACAUCGGCGGCAACACAAGGAAUGCCCAAAGGAAUUAUACAAGAGAAACGAAUGACCCACCAAUGAUCACUUACAUUGUGAACGAGUCCCAAGAGGCCAAUAGGAUGGCCCCAAUUUCAUUCUCCCAAGAAAAUGCUCAGGGAGUUCACCAUCCCCAUUGCGACGCACUGGUUGUGAGAGCCGUAGUGGCCAGAAACGGGCUCAAACGUAUGCUCGUCGACAGUGGAAGUUCGAUGAACAAAUUCUUCAACUCCACCUUUAACAAAAUGCAGAUUGAACAUGGGUUGAUCCCCAUGACCGACCCACUAUUUGGAUUCACUGGAGAUAGUAUCGUGGCAAAACCAUGGAAGUCUACAUGGACAACAUGCUAG